CAUGCCUCGCCCUGAAUCGCACAAAAAAUAAAGUACAACCGACUUAUGCAGAGCGUCGUGGAAGGUUCUAAAAGAAGCCCCCAAAAUUCAAGAAAAAAAAUCAUCUAAAUUUACAAGAACCGGCAACAGAGCGAAACCCUUCCUCCACCACAGCACAGGGUACUUACUACAUACAAAAACUGCCUAAAAAAUGUCAGUGACGUUGCAUACAAAUCUGGGUGACAUCAAGUGCGAGAUCUUCUGCGAUGAGGUUCCUAAAUCCGCUGAGAACUUUUUGGCGUUAUGUGGUAGUGGUUAUUAUGAUGGGACCAUAUUCCAUAGAAAUAUUAAAGGGUUUAUGAUACAAGGUGGAGAUCCAACAGGUACAGGUAAAGGAGGGACUAGCAUUUGGGGAAAGAAGUUCAAUGAUGAGAUAAGGGAGUCCCUCAAGCACAAUGCAAGGGGGAUGCUAUCGAUGGCAAACAGUGGACCCAAUACUAAUGGGAGCCAGUUCUUCAUAACUUUCGCGAAGCAGCCCCAUCUGAAUGGGCUAUACACUGUGUUUGGCAAAGUAAUUCAUGGCUUUGAAGUUCUGGACCUUAUGGAAAAGACUCCAAUAGGACCUGGCGAUCGACCUCUUGCAGAGAUACGACUCAAUCGAGUUACUAUACAUGCCAACCCGCUUGCUGGCUAAGUAUGGAUUCCAUUUGCUGAUAUAAUAGAGACAAUAGAAUUUGAUUCCAUUCCUGCCUAUACUUUGUGAUCAGCUGGGGCUAUAUGUUUUGGUAAUUAUAGAGGAGUGAUGAGUGUCACUCAUUAAUCAUAACUAGCUGAACUUGUAUUUGAUAACUUAGUAGUAUAAUUUUGAAGCUAAUAUUCUAACAAA